UAAAUGCAUGAAAAAAGGGGGAGACAAUAAUUCAUCAAGUUAGCAAUUUCUCUAUUCAGACAUGAAAUGCAAUAUUAUCCAACGAUAGCUUGCCUAGUAGCCUUCUAUAUUAUCAUGUCUUUCUUUGAACGUGAUCACAGGGCGGUGGGUUUAUAAAUCAAUAGAAUAGGUGUUAAGGAUAUAAUUAAGGUGAUGAUAAAUAUAUAUAAUUUGCAUGAAUUGCACAAUUCCUAUAUGUAUAAGAACAGCUGACUUUGACAAAAAUUGUGUUCUCUCCCUUUUUUUUAACAAUAAACUACGGUCACUAGGGUUCAUGCAUAUGUAUAAUAUCAUCCGGUGGAAUCAAGAGUCUAUAAUAUGGAGAUUAGUUCAACAAGUCCAUGUGUUUGUUCCUUUAAUUAAGUUAUUAAUUCUAAAAUUAGCCUCCCAUGCAUGUGAUUAAUGACAAACCAUAUAUUAUAUUAAAUUAAAAAGUACCAACCAAGAGUCCCAAAAUUAAUUAGCUUUUCUCUACAUCUAUGUUGCCUAAAUUAAUCACAAAUGUCGGUUCGUGGGGACCUCAGAAAUUGUAACUAUUUGGUAUGAAUGAUUGAUUCCAGCUAUGGAUGCCAACCUUGCAAUUCUUAAUUUAAUCAAGUGAUUUCAUUAAUUUGUUCUAAGCAUUGUUUCUACAUAAAUGAUAGUAAUGGAGCAACCACACUUAAUGGAUUUAAACCAUAUAUUAGCUCUGGAACGGUACAGUGAGCAUCUUCUUUUGUAUAGCAAGCCACAUUGGAGCAAUAUAAAAAAAAGGGGGUAAGUUUAUUAAUUAAUUAGAUCGUGUCAUCCAUGCAUAUUUAUAAAACUGAUUUAUGCAAUUUAUAUCAUCAAAAUCCUAAUUAUUUAAACUACACUAUUCAUCAAACCCUAAUGGAUUCACACCUUUUUUUACAGUAAGAUAAGAAACACAAGUCAACCAAAAUCUUUUAAUUUAAAUGUUGCUUGCAUGGCACCAAGCAAGGAAGGACUAGUAUAUUGCUAGUUGGUAAAAGACAACUUGAUCUCAGUGUCUAUAUAAGGAAGCCUAGACCUAUGUUAGCUUUGCAGUAGUGCAAAACAAAAGAGAUAGCUUAGUGAAAGAAAAAUGAGGACUAUCUCAAUUUUCUGCUUGAUCACUAUUGCAUUAGCUUUUGAAAUAGGAGUUUGCCAUGGAGGGAAAUUGAGGAAAAAUUUUUACAAGGAUACUUGUCCACAGGCUGAGAACACUGUGAGGAGUAUCAUUUGGAAGCGUGUUGCAAGCAAUUCAACAUUGCCUGCCAAGUUCCUAAGGAUGCAUUUCCACGACUGUUUUGUUAGAGGUUGUGAUGCUUCUAUAUUGCUGGAUUCCACGCCAAAUAAUACAGCAGAAAAGGCAGCAACUCCAAACCUAUCUCUAGGAGGUUUUGAAGUGAUAGAUGAGGUAAAGGCCCAGCUAGAGAAGACAUGCCCUGGAGUGGUUUCUUGCGCAGAUAUUGUUGCUUUAGCCGCUAGAGAUUCUGUUUCCUUCCAAUUUAAAAAGCCAAUUUGGGAAGUGCCUACCGGUAGAAGAGAUGGAAAAAUUUCUCGAGUGUCAGAGGCUCUCUCCAACAUCCCUUCACCUUUCUUCAACUUCACCCUUCUCAAACAAUCGUUUGCCAACAAAAGCCUAACAGUGCAUGACCUUGUCGUCUUAUCAGGUGGACACACCAUUGGGGUAGGACACUGCAACUUCUUCAGCAACAGGCUAUACAACUUCACAGGAAAAGGUGACGCAGACCCUUCUCUGAACUCAACCUAUGCUUCUUUCUUGAAAACAAAAUGCCGAAGUCUAGCAGAUAACACAACAAUAGUUCCAAUGGACCCCUCGACCCCCUUGUCUUUCAACAACAAUUACUACAAAAUCCUCAAGUUGAAAGAAGGCCUUUUCCAAUCAGAUACUGCACUUCUCACUGACAAGGGCUCUAGCAGUAUCGUCGAUCAAUUGCUAGACUCAGGCAAGUUCUUCACUGAAUUUUCUCAAUCCAUGAAGAGGAUGGGAUCCAUCCAAGUGCUUACUGGAAGUGCUGGAGAGAUCAGGAAGAACUGUAGGGUGGUGAAUUCUUGAGGGUGUUGCCUUUAUAUAUGAAGAAAACAUCUUCAAAUUCAAUAUCUCUUUUGUUUUAUGUGAGUUUACGUAUUCUAUCGUAUCAAACGUUUAGCGAUCUUCAUCAAUAAUAUGCUUGCUCAAGACUGGAAUGUUGAGCUUGAUCAUGUCUUCCGAGAGGCCAAUGUUAAGCUAGUUGUUUUCUUUCCUCCCUUUUGUAACCAAAAAUAUAUUUAUUCCUUUUACAUAUAUAUCAUGUGAAAUAAAGAUGGUCAUUUAAUUUGUUUGA